AUGCCAAGAUUAGGAAAGCUUAGGUGGGAUGGUGAUGGGCACUACGUCUUAGAUCAGUUCCCGGGUGAGCACCCUCCAACCUUAGGUCAGAUCAUCACGUACCUGAAGAUGGUGGAUGCCGAAAUGGAGGCGUCCAGGUAUGUGGUCCAGGUGACGUCUCAUCGGAGGCGUGCCGUCAGCGCCGUUCUGGCAGGGGCUGUUUUAGUGUUGGCGCGGGGCUUCACGCCUGAGGAAGCCUGGGAACGAGUCCUUGCAGUCUGUGGCGAGCCAGAGAGCGAUGCCAAGGCUGCAUGGGAUCGUUUUCCUCCGCCGUUUUCGAACACAGGAGAGACUGGACCCACAUCUCUCACAGUGUAUGACUGCUUGAGAGGCUUGGCAGCGGCCAGGGAGAAGAACUGGUUAGAGGACUAUCACCUCUUUGACGUAGAAGCUUGGAAGCUUAUGCGGGAGAAGUUCGACGCUUCCUGGUUGAUUCCAGGCGAAAUUUUGGCUAUGGCAAACCCCUUGGGAACUUCCCAGAAUCCGCGCUUUCCCGGACUACUGGAGAGAGGACCUCCACCUGAUCAGAGGCUGCCGGAAGAGUAUCUGAUAACCUCCGACUCGAGUGGCAGCCUUGCAGCGCGCGCUGAGGCUGCUGACUCGAAGCGACAAGGCCCUUCGGGAGGUGAUGCUGGCAGCCUCUUCAACAUUCCGGUGCCAGACGAGACUUCUAAAGGCUCGUCCUGGAAGCUUCCCUUUUCGAGGUCGGCGGAGCUCGAACGUCUGGAAGCAGACACCUUCAUAUCUUUGAUGCUUCGGAGUAAAGUUUAUGAAGUGACAAGGCUCAAUUACGAUUAUGAAUGCAAAGAUCAAGACAAGUACGAGAAGGCAUUUUUGAAGCACGGUCUUCGAGUUCAUUACGUUCCUUUCACAGAUGGGGACAUUCCCUCCAAGGCUGUCGUGCAGGAGUUCUUGAAACAAUGCAAGAAAGCCCUGCAGAAAGAUGCGACAAUUGCCCUCCACUGCAUGGGAGGCAUGGGGAGGACGGGAGUGAUGGCCGGCGCCCACGCGGCUGCACACCAUCGCGUUGAUGGGAAAGCUUUCCAUGGCUGGACUCGCAUAUGCCGACCGGGCACCGUGCAGACAGUGAAGCAGGAGGUGUUCCUGCGCAACUUGGACUGCCCCGACGUGCUCCGAGUUUCCAGUGUCAGGAGCCUGCUGGGACGAAUCAGGCUUGGAUCCGGCUGCAGCUGA